AUGGUGGUUUUAGAGAUGCAUGGGUUUGAGGUAAUCUUGGGGAUGGACUUGCUAAUUGCCCACUACACCAGCAUUGACUGCAAUCAGAGAAAGGUGAGGAGAUUGCUGCUAGAAGGCUAUCAGGGAUUUUUGGCCUAUGUCAAGGCGGUAUCAGAAAGAGAGUUGAGGAUAGAGGAUAUCCCAAUAGUAAGGGAUUUUCCUGAUGUGUUUCCCGAGGAUUUUUCGAAACUACCUCUUGGUCGUGAGGUAGAGUUUGUUAUUGAUCUGAUUCUGGGGACAGUGUCAAUUUUGAAGGCACCAUACAAAAUGACACCGGAAGAACUAAAAGAAUUAAAGGAACAGUUACAGGAACUGUUAGAUAAGGCAUUUAUUCGCCCAGUGUGUCGCCCUAGGGAGCGCCAUUAUUUUUUGUGA